GCCAAUGAGUGACCGGAGCGGAGAGUUUAAGAGGCGUUGUCCAGACACGCUGAAGCCGGUCGGGGAUUGGAACCUGCUCGGGAUCCCUCGGUUUCAGCGAGCACCGACUCCAAGGAUCCCUCCCCUCCAGGCGCUCCCAUGGCGCAGUUCGUGUUCGAGAGCGACCUGCACUCGCUGCUUCAGCUAGACGCACCCAUCCCCAAUGCACCCCCUGCGCGCUGGCAGCGCAAAGCCAAGGAGGCUGCAGGGCCAGCCCCUUCACCCAUGCGGGCUGCCAACAGAUCCCACAGCGCCGGCAGGACCCCGGGCCGAACUCCCGGUCAGUGUGGCAAAUCCAGCUCCAAGGUUCAGACUACUCCUAGCAAACCUGGUGGCGACCGCUAUAUCCCCCAUCGCAGUGCUUCCCAGAUGGAGGUGGCCAGUUUCCUCCUGAGCAAGGAGAACCAGCCAGAAAACAGCCAGACACCCACCAAGAAGGAACAUCAGAAAGCCUGGGCUCUGAACCUGAAUGGUUUUGAUGUGGAGGAAGCCAAGAUCCUCCGGCUCAGUGGAAAACCACAGAAUGCUCCUGAGGGCUACCAGAACAGACUGAAAGUACUCUAUAGCCAGAAGGCCACUCCUGGCUCCAGCCGCAAGACUUGCCGUUACAUUCCUUCCCUGCCUGACCGAAUCUUAGAUGCUCCAGAAAUUCGGAAUGACUACUACCUGAACCUCGUGGACUGGAGCUCUGGGAACGUACUGGCUGUGGCACUGGACAACAGUGUUUAUUUGUGGAGUGCAAGCUCUGGUGACAUCCUGCAGCUGCUGCAAAUGGAGCAGCCUGGGGACUACGUAUCCUCUGUGGCCUGGAUCAAAGAAGGCAACUAUCUUGCUGUGGGCACCAGCAGCGCUGAGGUGCAGCUAUGGGAUGUGCAACAGCAGAAACGGCUACGAAACAUGACCAGUCACUCUGCCCGAGUGGGCUCCCUGAGUUGGAACAGCUAUAUCCUGUCCAGUGGCUCACGCACUGGCCACAUCCACCACCAUGAUGUUCGGGUAGCAGAACAUCAUGUGGCAACACUGAGUGGCCACAGCCAAGAAGUGUGUGGACUGCGCUGGGCCCCAGAUGGACGACAUUUGGCCAGUGGUGGCAAUGAUAACUUGGUCAAUGUGUGGCCCAGUGCACCUGGAGAGGGUGGCUGGGUUCCCCUGCAAACAUUCACCCAGCAUCAAGGGGCUGUCAAGGCUGUAGCUUGGUGUCCCUGGCAAUCCAACGUCCUGGCAACAGGAGGAGGCACCAGUGAUCGACACAUUCGCAUCUGGAAUGUCUGCUCUGGGGCCUGUCUGAGUGCCGUGGACGCCCAUUCCCAGGUGUGCUCUAUCCUCUGGUCUCCCCACUACAAGGAGCUCAUCUCAGGCCAUGGUUUUGCCCAGAACCAGCUGGUUAUUUGGAAGUACCCGACUAUGGCCAAGGUGGCUGAGCUCAAAGGUCACACAGCCCGGGUUCUGAGUCUGACCAUGAGCCCAGACGGGGCCACCGUGGCAUCAGCAGCAGCAGAUGAGACCCUGCGGCUCUGGCGCUGCUUUGAGUUGGACCCUGCACGGCGGCGGGAGCGCGAGAAGGCCAGUGCAGCUAAAAGCAGCCUCAUCCACCAAGGCAUCCGCUGAGGACCAACCCACCCCCUCGGUUGUUUUCUUUUUUUUUAGUUUUUCUAAUAAAGUCAUGUCUCCCUCUCA